AUGGGUCAUUGUGCUCCUCGUAGGAAGUCGCCGCGGAGCCACGGCCCACACAAGCUCAACCUCUCGGCCGAGCUCCUCGACAAGUACAGUACUCUGGAUGCGACGACGUACGAGGCGCCGCCGACUGGUCCGUUGCGCGUCUUUGGCAUCAUGAAGCUCGUGCAAGCAAGUAUUUCCUCGGGAUGCUUCUUGACGCGGCAGCUGUACGCGCCGCGUGAGAUCUGGCUCAUGGACCGCGUGCGCCUUGCCGGUGUCGACCACAAGAUGCGGCUGCUGGAAGUCCUCUCCAAGGAGCUUCGUGUCCUCGAGGCGCUUUCGCCGCCCGUCACGAUAGCCAACAAGACGGUCUUUGAGCAUACGCUCAAGAACAUGGCCCAGCUCGUGCACGACCAGCGUGCCGAGCUCCUUCGACCGUUCCCAAACCUUGCGCAAGAGCCGCCCGCGGGUAGUACCGAGCCGGCCAAGAUGGAGAAGGAAGUGGCCAACGCGCUCGGGGCAGCACAGGCCGUCGCCGUCGUCGAGCGUGCGAACGCGGCGAUGCUCGAGACCAUCUCCAAGGAAACCCUCGGCAGAUAUAGCCAGUGGAUUGAAAGCGUCUUUACACAAGUGCAGUUCCUUGGCGUGUGGCUCGACCCGUCGUACCCCGUGGCCGCGACCUUGGAUCUCGGCCGACACCAGGACGUCGCAGCAGCGUUGCAGGGCUCGCCGUGGCUCGACUCCAUUGCCACCAUCGCCACCUUCUUUGACGAGGUUGUCUGUGAGCUUGUAAUGCGCGACGUCGAAGCGCUCUUGCAGUGCUACUUGCGCCGCAUCUCGCAAGGAUUCGGCGCCUUCUCGAUCGACACCAAGACGCUCGUCAAGCCGUCGCCGCCGUCCUCGGCCGCCUCGUGA